AUAUCAUGUAAGAAAUAUAUUAGAAAGGCAAGAGUUUAAGAAUCAGCUAUGGGAAAUAGGUAUAUUAGAAUAUAAUGUAAAUAAUAUAGUAACAUAUGGAAAUAAUGACCAAGGACGGAGAUAUUUGUUUAAUUUUCUAAGGAGAACUGGACUGGAAAGACGAGUUUAAAUAAAAGUGAGUAAGCUAGAGUGAGACAACAGAUGGCAGUAAUGCAACACUUUGGAUGCCAACUGCCAUAAAAAUCCAAUGAAGAAGAGGUUUCACCGUGCUCUGUUUUGUUUGGCUUUAGUGCUGUUUUGUUACGAUAUGUUAAAAAUGCUGUUUCUGUAAAUAGAGAAAUACAGUUUUUGAAUCAUGUCAAUAAAUACUUGUAAUAUUCUCAUCCUCACAGUCGUGACUAAGGUUUAAAGCAAGCAGGAAUAUCAUCUGAACUGAGAUCUGCUGCUGUGAAGAUGAUGUUUUUUAAAGAGGAGAGUGAAGAGAACACGAGUGAACCAGAAACCUGGAGAAUAAAACACGAGGAACCAGAAACCUGGAGAAUAAAACACGAGGAACCAGAAACCUGGAGAAUAAAACAAGAGGAACCAGAAACCUGGAGAAUAAAACACGAGGAACCAGAAACCUGGAGAAUAAAACAAGAGGAACCAGAAACCUGGAGAAUAAAACACGAGGAACCAGAAACAUGGAGAAUAAAACAAGAGGAACCAGAAACCUGGAGAAUAAAACACGAGGAACCAGAAACCUGGAGAAUAAAACACGAGGAACCAGAAACCUGCAGAAUAAAACACGAGGAACCAGAAACCCUGAGAAUAAAACACGAGGAGCCAGUAACCCGGCGAAUAAAACAGGAUCAAGGAGAGUUUAAUGAAGAAAUUAGUGAAGAUGGGGAGAAAGAUCAUGUCAAAACUGGAGAAAAACCUUUGAGUUGCUCUCAGACCAAACAGAAAGAUUUGAAGAAAAGAAGAGCUAAGAAAUCUUUCACUUGCACUCAGUGUGGAAAGAGUUUGAAAAGAAAAAAUAGUUUUGAUGUUCACAUGAGAAUUCACACUGGAGAGAAACAGUACAAGUGUUCACACUGUGACAAGAGAUUCAAUCAGUCAACACAUCUGAAAACACAUGAGAGGAUUCACACUGGAGAGAAACAGUACAAGUGUUCACACUGUGACAAGAGAUUCAAUCAGUCAACACAUCUGAAAACACAUGAGAGGAUUCACACUGGAGAGAAACCGUACACAUGUGAUCAAUGCAGGAAGGGUUUUGCACGAAGAGGAACCCUUAUGACACAUAUGAAAAUUCAUACAGGAGAGAAACCGUACACAUGUAAUCAAUGUGGAAAGAGUUUAAAGUGCAAAUAUAGUCUUGAGCGUCACAUGAUUGUUCAUACUGGAGAGAAACCAUACACAUGUGAUCAAUGCGGGAAGAAUUUUGCAUUGAAAGGAAUCCUUAUAACACAUAUGAGAAUUCAUACAGGAGAGAAACUGUACACAUGUAAUCAAUGUGGGAAGAGUUUGAUUAACAAAUGUAGUCUUGAGCUUCACAUGAGAGUUCAUACUGGUGAGAAACUGUACACUUGUGAUCAGUGCGGGAAGAGUUUCUCACACUCAGCAAACCUUAAGAGACACAUGAACAUCCACACUGGAGAGAAACUGUACUCAUGUGAUCAAUGUAGCAAAAGAUUUUUGAGGGCUUCAGACAUAAAGCAGCACCUGAAACUUCAUACAAAGGAGAAACCGCAUUCAUGUAAUUGUUGUGGAAAGAGUUUUUCACGUCUACAACAUUUGAAAGAACAUCAGAAAAUGCAUGCUGCUGUGAGAGAGUACAUGUGCUUGGAGUGUGAAAAGACUUUUACUUCAGCAAACUGUUUAAAACUGCACCAGAGGAUUCACACUGGAGAAAAACCUUUCAAGUGUUCACACUGUGACCAGAGAUUCAGUCAUGCAGGAAAUAUGAAAAGACAUGAGAGGAUUCACACUGGAGAUAAACCGUAUCACUGCACUGAAUGUGAGAAGUGUUUCAGUCGUCCAUCUGCUCUAUACAAUCAUACAAAAAACUAUCACACAAAGUGUUUAAAACUGCAUGAGAGGAUUCCCACUAGAGAGAAACCUUAUAAGUGUUCACACUGUGACCAGAAAUUCAGUCAUUUAUCAAAUCUGAAAAGACACGAGAGGAUUCACACUGGAGAUAAACCGUAUCACUGCAAUGAAUGUGGGAAGUGUUUCAAUCGUUCAUCUGCUCUACACAGUCAUACAAAAAACUAUCACAAGUUGAUUGAAGAAAACGAGGAGAAUGAAGAAUUAAGUGAAGUUGAGGAGAAAAAUCAAGUCAAAACUGAAGAAAAACUUGAGUUGCUCUCAAACCAAACAGAAAUAUUUAAAGAAAAGAAGAGGCAAGAAAUCUUUCAUCUGCAUUCAGUGUGGAAAGAGUUUGACAAGCAGAACGAGUCUUGAGCAUCACAUGAGAGUUCAUACUGAAGAGACACUGUACACUUGUGAUCAGUGUCGGAAGAGUUUCACACAAUCAUCAAACCUAAAGGAACACAUUAGGAUCCA